AUGACAUCUCAAGCUUACGUUUUGGGGGUAGGAAUGACCCAGUUUCUGAAGCCACGUCGCACUCGUGAAUACCCAGAACUUGGCUAUGAGGCAGCAGUCAAAGCUCUAAUCGAUGCGCAUAUCACAUACGAUGAUGUACAAGCAGGUGUGGCCUGCUAUUGCUACGGCGACACGACUUCUGGCCAGCGGAUUAUGUACCAGCUAGGAAUGACGGGGAUUCCAAUUUACAAUACUAACAAUGCAUGUGCUACUGGAUCUACUGGCCUUUAUCUUGCCCGUACUCUGGUCAGAGGAGGCCAGGCGGACUGUGUCCUCGUUGUCGGCUUCGAACAGAUGCGCCCAGGGUCAAUCAAGAGUGUAUGGGACGAUCGGCCUAGUCCAUUGGGACCAUCGACCAAAAUGAUGGAAGACACGUUCGGUAAACAUCAAAGCCCUCGGAAUGCUCAGUAUUUUGGCAAUGCCGGACAAGAGUACAUGGACAAAUAUGGCGCCAAAGCGGAAGACUUUGGUGAAAUUGCUCGCGUGUCGCAUGAACACUCCCAGCGAAACCCGUAUGCCCAGUUCCGAACUGCAUACUCCCUGGAUCAGAUCUUGGAUCCGAAAACACAGAUCUAUGGGCCCCUAACCAAGCUCCAGUGCUCCCCAACUAGUGACGGUGCUGCAGCGGCAAUCAUUGUAUCCCAGCGGUUCUUGGAUGCGCGUCCUUACCUCAAAUCCCAGGCUAUUCUCAUGGCGGGCCAACAGUUAUUGACUGACGGACCAGAGGUAUAUUCCCGAAGCGCAAUUGAUCUCGUUGGGUUCAAUAUGUCGCGACAAGCUGCCCGGCUCGCGAUGCGGGAGGCUGGUGUCGGAGUAAAAGAUAUCAAGGUUUGCGAGCUUCACGACUGUUUCUCUACCAACGAGCUUCUACUGCUUGACGCACUUGGCUUCUCAGAGCCAGGGAAAGCCCACGAGAUGGUUCGUCGGGGGGACAUCACGUAUGGAGGUAACGGCCUGGUUGUGAACCCAUCUGGCGGGCUGAUCUCAAAAGGUCACCCUCUAGGGGCCACAGGGUUGGCUCAGUGUGCGGAACUUACUUGGCAACUCCGCGGUUGGGCUAACAAUCGUCUUGUCCCUGGCACUGAUGUCGCUUUGCAGCACAACCUCGGUUUGGGAGGAGCAGUGGUGGUAACUAUCUACAAGCGAGCCGAUGGACAGGUCAGCCACCCCAUUUCAGAUAAAGAUAUCAAGAGGGUUUCUGGUUUGGGGUACAAUCCUGCAGUCGAAGCUCGGUACAUCACACCUCAGGAUGGCGAACACGUCCGCAGUAAAACAAAGCAACACGGGUACCCGCUCCAAGAAACGGCCGAGAAGCUCAGAGCGCGUAUUUAA